GCGCUGACCCGGAAGUAGUUGUGCACGAGGGCGGAAAGAGCGUCUUGUUUGGGGGAGUCGAGCUGGGGAGUUUGUUGGGCUGUGCCGGAGCAUCUGGUCCAACAUGUCGAUAGAAAUCGAGUCUUCCGAUGUCAUCCGACUAAUCAUGCAGUAUCUGAAGGAGAACAGCCUUCAUCGUGCCCUGGCCACUCUGCAGGAGGAAACCACAGUGUCUCUGAACACAGUGGACAGCAUUGAGAGCUUUGUGGCAGACAUUAACAGUGGCCAUUGGGAUACGGUACUGCAAGCAAUACAGUCAUUGAAACUGCCGGACAAAACACUCAUUGAUUUGUAUGAACAGGUUGUUUUGGAAUUGAUAGAGCUUCGUGAACUGGGGGCUGCCAGAUCGCUCUUGAGACAAACUGACCCAAUGAUCAUGUUAAAGCAGACACAGCCAGAGCGAUAUAUUCACCUUGAAAACCUUUUGGCUAGGUCCUAUUUUGAUCCACGUGAGGCAUACCCAGAUGGAAGCAGCAAAGAGAAGCGAAGAGCUGCCAUUGCCCAAGCUUUGGCUGGAGAAGUCAGUGUUGUGCCGCCAUCUCGUCUUAUGGCAUUGUUGGGGCAGGCACUAAAAUGGCAACAGCAUCAGGGGUUGCUUCCUCCUGGUAUGACCAUUGAUCUGUUCAGAGGCAAAGCAGCCGUCAAAGAUGUUGAAGAGGAAAAGUUCCCCACACAACUGAGUAGGCAUAUUAAGUUUGGCCAAAAGUCUCAUGUGGAAUGUGCUCGAUUUUCCCCGGAUGGCCAGUAUCUUGUUACAGGCUCUGUUGAUGGGUUCAUUGAAGUAUGGAACUUCACCACUGGAAAAAUCAGAAAGGAUCUGAAGUACCAAGCACAGGAUAACUUUAUGAUGAUGGAUGAUGCAGUACUAUGCAUGUGUUUCAGCAGGGACACUGAAAUGUUAGCAACGGGAGCACAAGAUGGGAAGAUCAAGGUGUGGAAGAUUCAGAGUGGGCAGUGUCUGAGGCGGUUUGAAAGAGCACACAGUAAAGGGGUGACUUGCCUGAGUUUUUCAAAAGACAGCAGUCAAAUUCUUAGUGCCUCUUUUGAUCAGACAAUCAGGAUCCAUGGCUUGAAAUCUGGGAAGACUCUCAAAGAAUUUCGUGGUCAUUCUUCAUUCGUGAAUGAAGCCACUUUUACACAGGAUGGGCAUUACAUUAUCAGUGCAUCCUCUGAUGGCACCGUGAAGGUGUGGAACAUGAAGACUACAGAGUGCUGUAACACCUUCAAAUCACUUGGCAGCACCGCUGGGACAGACAUCACUGUGAACAGUGUGAUUCUGCUGCCUAAAAAUCCAGAGCACUUCGUUGUUUGCAACAGAUCAAAUACAGUGGUCAUUAUGAACAUGCAGGGACAAAUUGUGAGAAGCUUCAGCUCCGGUAAGAGGGAAGGUGGUGACUUCGUCUGCUGCGCCCUUUCUCCCCGAGGCGAAUGGAUUUACUGUGUGGGUGAAGAUUUCGUGCUCUACUGUUUCAGCACAGUGACUGGCAAGCUGGAGAGAACGCUGACAGUUCAUGAAAAAGAUGUAAUUGGUAUUGCUCACCAUCCCCAUCAGAACUUGAUCGCUACCUAUAGUGAAGAUGGGCUGCUGAAGCUGUGGAAGCCAUAAAACUGAAUAAUUCCGUUCAGUGCAUGGAUCUUGAAUACAAGGAAGGUUUUUAUGUUGUGGAGAAGUUUCUUUCUGUUCUUAAUAGGUCCAAAAGUGUUGUUUAAUUUGUAUUAUGUUUCAUAUUCAUAUGUCCCAAGAAAGAAGCAUAGAUUGCUUUUCAGCUAAACAUAGUGCUAGUCAAUGCAGAAUUUGCCCAGGUAGCAAAAGCAGUUAAGCUGCAAAGAAAACUUUAAUUAUUGUAAGAUGUUCCUCUUUGUUGCUUAUUAUGGAAAUUAACCAUAGUUCAGUUUUUAAUUAUACCUGAAAUAAAGAUACUUCUAGAUAUGGCAAAAUUAGGGAAAACAAAAGCAUAGAGCCUUAGUAAUGUUUAAAUUUCUGAGCUAGAGUUCUGUGUCUUAACAUUCUCUGUCCUUAAUACAGUAAAAUAUUAAGCUACAUUAUAUUCCAUCUUUGGCUGGAACAUCUGUUUCAAACACUUUAAAAUCCUGCCUAUUUUAAUGAGAAUGUUUAGCAAAUACUUAAAUGUUACCCAUUAGAAGGCAUGGGCAUUCAAAGAAUUCAACUCUGGCUGGAUGGACUCCUACAGUUUUUCAAACUGAGGUGUUAUUCCUACUAAGUAAAUCUUCUGAGCUUCCCAAAAUGAAUAUGGCAACAUUCCUGUAGCUGUUUUUCUGCUCUGGGCAAAAUGUUUGACAUUAGUCUUGAGUUAGAAUAUAGGAUUAUUCUUAAUAGCAUAGAAAAUUGUUCAUCAUGAAAUUUUACAGGCUUUUUAAUAUCCCAAAAGAUAUUUACUGUGCAAAUGAAGAAUCUUCAUCCAGCUAUUUUCAGAGAAAUUUCUAGCUGUGAUCUGAAGACUUAUUGAAUAAUUAUUAAUUUUGCUGUUGAGUGACCAUUUCCUGAUACCUAGUUUUUAUUAGGAGCCAUUAGUUUGGUUGUUCCUUUAUUUUUAAAGUCUUCUGCAAUAAAAUCUCAUUUAUUAGA